UGAUGCACCCAAACAAACCGACUUCACCCGCGUCGCCUUCUCUCGUCUCCUCUUCUGCUUUGCUUUCCUCAAGUAUGACCAACAGAAGGCAUGUCAGAUUCCAAAAUGAACAAACUUAAGCUUCAGAGUCACCAGAAGAAUUACAGAGAGGAAGACCUGUUGGUAAAUGUGAAAGACCUUGGCCCAGAUGUUAAAGAGAACGAUGUGGUUGAGAUCUACCACCCGGAGGAUGAUUUGCCAAGGCUGCUUCUUCAGAUUCCAUCCACCAAAGAUGAUGUUACUGUACAGAAAGAUACUAUAAGCAUAGAGCAGAGCAUUGCCUCAACCUUUCAACUGAGGAUCUACAAAGAUGUAAUAGUUAACAAAGUUGAUCCAAAGGCAGUGGCCUUAGAGCUGGUGGAACUCACAUUCAAAGAUCAGUAUCUUGGCCGCUCGGAGAUGUGGAGAAUUAAAAAGAAUCUUGUAGACUCAGUUAUGUACAUUAACAAGAAAUUAGAAUUCUGUGCCGGGAGCAUACGAUGCCAAGUUUACGAGAUGUGGGCCCAAGGAGAGAAGGUUGCCUGUGGGGUUGUUACAGAUGAUACUAAGAUUGUUUAUCGAUCAUCUACGAGCAUGGUAUACCUGUUCAUUCAGAUGAGCUCAGAGAUGUGGGAUUUUGAUAUAUAUGGGGACCUUUACUUUGAGAAAGCAGUAAAUGGCUUCCUGUCUGAACUCUUUGCAAAAUGGAAGAAGGAAGGAAGUAAUCAUGAUGUGACCAUUGUGCUAUUUUCCCGCACAUAUUACAAAGCCAGUAGCAUAGAUGAAUUUCCCGCCUGUAUGAGGGAGUGUUUGCAGGAAGAUUACAAAGGCAGAUUUUACGAAGAUUUUUACAGAGUUGCUGUGCAAAAUGAACGAUAUGAUGACUGGUCUCCCAUACUGACUCACCUGCGGCAGUUGUUUAACAGCUACCUAACCAAAGUUCUAGAUCACCACCGACAGCAAGAUAUCUUUGUUCCAGAGGCAACUAAUUCAUGUGCCUCUCAGGGGAAUUUCCUAGAAGUGCUGAAUAUAUCACUUAAUGUUUUUGACAAGCAUUACCUUGAUAGAAGUUUUGAUCGCACUGGUCAGAUGUCGGUUGUGAUAACCCCUGGAGUUGGCGUCUUCGAGGUUGACCGUGAAUUAACCAACAUUACAAAGCAGCGCAUCAUUGAUAAUGGUGUUGGGUCAGAUUUAGUGUGUGUCGGAGAACAACCUUUACAUGCUGUUCCACUUCUGAAGUUUCACAACAAGAAAGGGAGCAUCAAUGCCGAUGACUACAGUAUGCCGCACACAUGGAUCAACUUGAGUUUUUACUCAACCAACAAGAAAGUGGGAUACGGCACCUUCGUUCCUCGCAUCAAGCUCCCUCCCGAGCGGCCCAGAACGGCAAAGAAAGAGAAGAUGGACGUAUUCAAUAAGCAACAUAUACAGCACACAGCUUUGCCGAACUCUAUUUUUGAUUAUGACGCCUACGAUGCACAAGUCUUCAAGUUACCAACAAACCAGAACAACAAAACUUACCGUAGUCUUCAGCGAACAGCAGCAAGGAAAAAAAAUAAUAGUCAGUCAGCCUCCAUGCAGCCAUUAACAAGAAUAAGCUUGCAGAGAAAGCUGUCAGACCCAGAUCUCUAUCACAGUGUAGAACAGAACUUACGUAGUCUUCAGCGAACAGCAGCAAGGAAAAAAAAUAAUAGUCAGUCAGCCUCCAUGCAGCCAUUAACAAGAAUAAGCUUGCAGAGAAAGCUGUCAGACCCAGAUCUCUAUCACAGUGUAGAACAGAUAUCAGGUUCUAUGGUUGCCUUAGGAAGUUCUGUAAGCUCAGUGUUUGACAAGUCUCCAGCCAUCAACAUUCCUGCAAGAAUAACAGAGAAUAAAACAUAUUCACAGUCAUUUGGAGCUCUGAAUGUGGAGGCAAUUCCAGGAGUGAAUAGACCACGCACGCAGACGCUGUAUGAAGGAGAGGAACUGUCUCCGCCCCAGUCAGUGAGAGUUGGAUCCAGUGCCGGGGCUUCUCCGAGUGAGCCUUCACAGGCAUUUACUCAGACAAAGCAAACCAUAGUCCAUCGUCCUGGAAGGUCACUAAUUAAUCCAUUUGACCCUUCACAUGUGACAAUUAAGUUGACGUCAAAUCGCAGAAGAUGGAUUCACAUUUUUCCAAAAGACCCAACUGGCGUACUGAUACAGCAACAUCACUAUCAAGCAUCAAAAGACUGUUCCAAAGAAAACGAGACUUCCUCGUCGCUGACCCCCCCUGAGGUGGAGCUCAGUCAGGUCUCCGGCCCUCUCUCGUCCACGCCCACCUCAUCCGCAUCGGGGUUGGGAACUCCAAGUCGGCCUAAGACCAUCAUGUCGCAGCUGAGUCAGGAAAGUAUUAGCAAUGGCCGUCGAGAUAAUAGAAACCGCACCUCAUCCCUUGCAGGUUCUGUUACUUCUGUUGACUUAUCAGUCCGUGGUGCAGCAACGCCACAGAAGACAAACGCCACUAUUAGGACCAUGCCUGGAGGUACCAUGGGGAAGGACAAGCACCAUGCCACAUUACUAUGGGGAGCCACAGGAGAGCAAGAGUGGACUGCUGGUCUCACUACUGCGCCAGAGCAGAGGGACGUUGUGAAGACGAACAUAGGUGUUGACUGGAAGAGUUUGUGUCUGCCAGCAUGCCUCCCCGUCACAACAGAUUAUUUCCCAGAGGACCGUUCUUUGCACAAUGACUAUGUGGUGGCAGAUUACAACCUCCUCCCAGAAGACAUGAAUGAGCAUGCAAGAGGGCGUAAGACUUUAGAUACAACACAGGUGUUUUUGGAACUUGUAUCACAAAGGCUUGCUCAGGGAUUCCAGAUGAUUGUUAGACCUGUGAAGAGCCACACUCAAGCAGCAGUAGCUAUAGGAAAUAGUCCUCGCUAUGCUGGAGUUGGGUCUCUUAUGAGGACAAGGUCACGCACAGAGGAAACUUCACAAGAAUAUAGGCUGUCUAUUGGACGCAUGUUCCACAAAAUAAGACUUUGUGGGUCAACAAUAACAGUUACAAUAUAUCGCCCAAGACAUCCCUAUCCACAACUAAAACGUCAAUACAAGUACAGAUUCCAGGCUCCUGAUAUGAGCAGCUAUGAAGUAUCAUGGGUGGAGUUUCGCACAGAGAGGCUAGAAACUUACAUGUGGAACCACCUAGACAAUUACAUUUGCUUCCGUGGAGAGUCACCUGAUUAUCCUUUAAUAGAACCUCUCAAAUUUUGGCGUUUUCGAGUGUUGUUGGUUCCAGAUUGCUACAGGUUGUCAACAAAGACAAUCAUGGAUUCUCCAACAGGGACUCAUUCAGAUAUUUACAAUGCUUUAACUCUUAAAGAACAGCAGGCAACCAUUGAAGGAUUCCUGAGAUUUCUAGAAAUAACUGUGCAUCGACUGAAGAAACCAGUUAGUGCUCGUAAAAGCAGGAAGGCAGGAGGGGGAGGGAAAGUAGUUGGGGUGUAUGGGGGUGGCGGGAGGAGACACAGCCUCGGCCCGUACUUGUCUUGCUUGUCCUCCACCACUCCCUUCACCCCGAGCUCCACCACUGCCACCAGUACAUCUACUGCAAAUACUACUGCUGUAAUAGCAGGUGGAAGUGGGCAGUGUGCUGUUGCUUUUCGAGAGAGAUUAGGGAGUAACAGAGUGCUAGAGAGGCCCAGACCACGCUCAGGAGGGAAAACGUCAGAACGCUUGCACAUGGACAGUGGAAGUCGUGAGAUGCAUUCUGACGCACCAGAGAUGAAGUCCCUCUUAGAGCCAGAAGAAGAAAAUAAAGAGGAAGGAGAAAACAAGAAGGUAAACCUGAGCUCACCCUUAACGGAAAUUGUUGAAAUGAUGAGAGAUCCUGUGAAGGGUGUAGGACUACUAAAUAAACAGGCAGGCUUACCAACUCUGACCUUUAUAGCAGCUGAUGCCACAACAUGGGUAUGUGAGCAUGUAGAAGGAGCAAGCACUGAAGUCAUGGCAGUAGACUUAUUACAGAAAAUACUCAAGAAAGAAUUGAUAUGUCAUGCGUCUGGAGAUCGACAGCAUCCUUUUGUACAUGGUUUCUUCCUUUACUUCUUUGUAACAGGAAACAAAGAACAAGACCAAGUAUUAUGUGACACAUCUACAUACUCUACUGAAUGGCAUGAGGUUGAAGUGGAGCCCCUGAGCACAAAACCUGGUGCAGCUCAACCAGGCCCAAGAUCAAGCUCGCCCUGCCCUACUUUUUUGCAGCCUGAGCUCCCUACUUACAUCCCAUGGAAGGGAAGAUAUAGUUUGUACAGGAUUGGGCUGUUGGACAUAGAUAUCAACAACCGCAGUGACAGAAUUGAGUGGGGUCACCUCAAACACCAUUCACUCUUCUCGCCACUUCAGGCCUUUGAGCUCAUUACCCAGUGGCUGUGUGCAACGGGAUCUGUAGUUGCAGACUUGAUGAUGAGUUGGCAACGUAAGGCCCUGCCAUGUGGCCUUCACCUCUUUCCUGUGCCAAGUGAUCCGUUUGCCUUGCCAUAUUCCUACAUAUCUGAUCCUCUACGUGGCCCUAUACUGAUACCACUGAAUGUGGCAUGUCUUAGUAGUACAGGAGAACCAUUUGCACAGUUUACCUCCAGUACUUGGGGAAGACGAAUGCAUUUGUUUCAGGAGGCAAUACUGGAGAGGUUUGGAUUUGUUCCCUAUAUAACGGAAGCUCAUAGCUCAGAGCAAAACCAGUAUGUACAUGUGACAGGGAACAUGUUUAUUAUGAUUCACUCGCCAGGCACAGGAGUUCAUUCGCACCUUCCUUACCCUCCUGAAGUCUCAAGGGGAAGAAUGUCAACUACCCCCGUCACCCCGACCACCUUUCCCCAGGCUGACUACCUCUAUGGCGUCUCCAGCCCACAUGUGGAGUAUUUCCAUCGCUUGAUCGCUGACUUGUAUUCCCGUGAAAUCAGCGAAAAGCAGCCUGGGUUUUUGUGGUCCUUCAACUACAUGCUCACAAGGCGGUGGAAGUCCGUUGUCUCCGGCGACGAAAUAUUAGGGGAGAAGAUGCUGCACGACUUCAGGCAGUUUUGCACGAACCAUCACGGUCGGCUGCGAGAUUUCUGGGACUCGCACCUCCCCCAGUUAUCUCCUGUGUCGCCAGCUGAUGAACUUGUUGGAGAGUCUUGAAGCUGUUUGUGGUCAACAUUCUUUUUGCAAAUGGUUCUUUGAGUGAUACCCAAGUAUUUACGUGGAAAGUGCAUAAGUUAUUGUACAUGGAAUUUACUUGAAGCUGCCUUUAUUAAAUUUCUUAUUGUUAUUGAAAAGAUGGAAGUAUUGCAGUAUACAAUAUAAAAUGUUUAUUUUUCAUAUUUUCAGUAAAUUGUGCAUAUAAGGGAGUGUAUGAGUGUGUGUGUGUGUUUGUGUGCAUGUGUGAAUGCUUUCUACUUGAGUGUAAUCUAAUAUAGAUGUAUUUUGUUUAAUAAAAAAAAUGCUAAAAUAACUGCAUUUAUUUAGUUUUCUUGUUUUUUUUUGGUGUUAAAAAGUUGUUAUUACAUCAAGCCCAGUUAAUGCUGACAUGCACAAUUUGAAUGAAAUAUCAUUUAUUCAGUACAAUUUAUUUAAUUGCGAUUAUGUUGUUUAAUUAACAUGUAGAUUUGUAAACAUAAGUUUUAUAUUGAUAGGAAGAUGAUUCAAUUUCCCUUUUUUUAAACAUAAUGUUAUAGUAUUUUCCAAAGGAUUAUUAUACAGAGUUUUUUCUACAUAGAUGAUCAGACAUUUGUGUAUGUAUAUAAAGCAAAAUUGCACUUUGUUUUCCUUUCCUAAACUCAGUGUUAUACGAGUCAAAAGGGUUGGUGAUGUAAAUUGUAUAUAUACAAAAAGCCUUCAAAGCUGUUGUUGUGAAAUAACCUUGUACAGCUUCAUCCAGAGUGAGUCUAACAUUAGGAUCUCAGGUAUCUUUUUUAUAUUAUGAUUGAGAUUUUGAUGGCAUACUUCAUUGGGAAGUCAAUAAAAAAUUUUGAAGAUAAA